AUGGUUAAGGGUCCGUUUGGUCGGGUCCGGUCUACGAGUGCACAACGCCCUUAUGGAGAAGUAUCAAUUAAAGGAAACGCUGCAUUUUGGGAAAGGAUCUUUGAUUAUGCAAUUGGACUGAUUCUUGGACCUUUCGAUAAUUACAAAGCACGAGAAAACAAUUUAGAUUCUAGCGUCGAACAACCUCGACCUAAGACUAAAGUAUUUUCGACUCAAAACGAUUUUCCUGAAAAUGAUGAAUUUAUCCUUUUUGAAAAUGAUCUUCCCUUGGAAAGACAACAAGUUCAAAAUACGGCUCAACAAAUCUACUCGAUUUUAGACUUUUUUCCAAAAAUUCUUCAACCAGGACGUGGAAAAAUUCCAAAUAAUCAAAUUGUGUUUUUUGAAAACAAUCUUCCUGUGGACACGCUAGGACAACUCCCAAGAUUCGAUGGCAAAUUUUCGAUUCUAAAUUUAUUUCCUGACAUUCUUAAAUUAAUUAAUCCCGAGAAAACUGUAAAUCAUCAACUUGCUCCUGCUCUUGAACUUGAUGAAAUUCCAAAACAAAGCGAAGAACCUGAAGAGUAUUUAACAAAUAAUGAUAAAAAUACUGUUUUGUAUGAUGAUACUGAGAACGAUUCUGAAGUCAAUGAUGACGAAGAAUCGGGUUCGGAAUUAAAUGAUGUUGAAGAAAAUGAUGAAACCGAAGCUGCGAACGCGACUUAAGAUGAACAAAAAUAUUAAAGUUUAACGAUUUCAGUAAAUCUUUAUUAUACGAAAUUGGAAACAGAUGAGCAACUGAUGUACGAAUACUUGAAUUUGCUUGGUGCAAAUUCUUAAAAUUUCUAAUCUUUUUCAACAUUUUUAAAGAUAUUCAAAUUAAACUGACUUGGUAAUGGUAAUUUUUA